UCGUCAAUUACAUGUUGCAAUGACGCGUAAUUUAUCCAUUCUUAAAAAACUUGGUGAACCCAUUGAAUAUUGGGACACUUUAAUAAUACAUUUGGUUUAUACAAAACUUGAUACUUAUUCUAGGCGUAAAUGGGACGCAAAAAUUGCUGUAAUUAAAAAGCCUACAUUAAAAGACUUGAAUCAAUUUUUAACUGAAAGAUACAAAAUAUUACAAAAAUCUAAAGAAAAUGAUGUAUAUUCUCAAGAUUCUGUCAAUAAAAAUAAAUAUAAAUCUAGAUCUUUUGCGAUUACUAACAAAUCAUCUUGUGCAUUAUGCAAUAAUGAACAUACAAUUCAAAAUUGUCCAAAAUUUCUUGCGUUAAGUAGCGUUGAAAAAUACCAAGAAGCAAGGCGGCUAAGAUUAUGCGUUAACUGUUUGCGUGAUAAUCAUAUAACGAAACAUUGUAAAGCCCUUAAAUGUAGAAAAUGCGGAAAGGCUCACAAUACACUGUUACAUUUUGAAAAUUCUAAAGGUGACAUUCCAAAUACUUCUUCUGAUAGUAACACUCAAACAAAUUCUGAAAAUAUUCAAGCGCAGCUUUCAAAUCAAGUAUCGCUUUCAAAUUCAUAUUGUUCUUUAAAAGAAAAAAAUUGCAUUUUGCUUUCAACGGCUGUAGUAAAUAUAUUAGACCAUGCAGGUAAUUCACAUAAUUGCAGGAUUCUACUAGAUAGUGGAUCACAAAACAAUGUUAUCACUAAAGAUUUUUGUAAUAAAUUAAAUUUAAAAUCAGAAAAAAUUCAAAUUCUCGUUUCAGGACUUAAUAGUACAACCUCAAAUAUUAAUUCUAGAACUCUCGUUAAAAUACAUUCUCGUAUAAAUUCUUUUCACACGACUUUGUCUUGUUUAAUUAUUGAAAAUAUUACAAACAGUAUUCCCUGUAUAACAUUUGAUAAAAAUGAUUUACCUAUACCACCAAACUUGUUUUUAGCAGACCCCAAUUUUAAUAUUGCUGGAAAAAUAGACAUGCUCAUAGGAGCCGAUACAUUUUGGGACCUCUUAUGCGCAGGGCAAAUAAAACUUGGACGCAAUGCUCCGAUACUGCAAAAAAACAGUUUAGGUUGGGUUGUUUCUGGACCGAUCUCAUUAGAAAACAUUCCUAAAAACAAUGUAAUUUGCAAUUUGAGUAUAAACAUGAAUUCAGACGAUAAUCUAAACAUUUUAAGUAAACAGUUACAAAGAUUUUGGAACAUCGAAGAGUUAUCACCCUGUAAAAGGCAUUUAUCUGUCGAAGAAUCUUUUUGUGAAGAGCAUUUUGCAAAACAUACAAAGCGUAAUGAAUCGGGCAGGUUUGUAGUACGAUUUCCAUUAAAGGAACCGAUUUCUAAGUUAGGGGAAUCAAGAAAAUAUGCUGAAAAUAGAUUUAUUUCUUUAGAAAAAAGACUUUUAAUCCUGAAUUGAAAACACAGUAUUCAA